GCCUCUUCUCGUGCACUGAACGAAUCUUUUUGUAGACGUGCUGUUUGAUCGUUUGGCUCACAUUGAAGGGGAAAUCUUGUAGUUUGUAGUUUGAAAUAAUUAGACUUGUGACACCAGUCCUGUAACUUUUCUGACACGUCUCCGAUAGUAAGAGAACUACCACGCCACUCAUUUCCUGUAAAAUCAAGUGAACUUUACAGGAAACCCAUCGUAUACAGUUUUUUUUUUUUUAGCGUGUCAAAUUAGACUGUUUCCUCCCUUUUCAUACACAAAAUAAAGCCGUAUAGCAAACAGGAAUAUUCUAUUGAUUCAUAGAUCAUUUGAGAAAUAUACAUGUGCGCACAACAGAGGGCUUUUGGUAUCGGUUAACGUCGUUGACGUUUGACAUUAGCUGACUGACAUACAGUAUUUGUCCUGAAGAUGGCACUCUUGCAGCAACUCCCUCUCAAGAAAAGGAGGAAGUAAAACCACCGAAGAAGAACACGUUCGUCCAUUGACCGCGUGUUGGUUCUACUUUCACCAAUUCUGGAAAACAACCGGUUUUUUUUGCAUACUAUUUAUGGAUAAACCUACGUCGUUUUAACAUUCUGUUCAUUGUAAAAACUGUUAGUUGCGACUAAGUUGUAACGUUUUAGCAAUCGUCCACAUUGUGCACCCAAAUUGGUUGAGGAUAAUCUCAUCCCCCGUGCAAACUUCACGUGCGAUUAUUCGGAUGAAAGGUGCAGUACUGGAAACAACAAUGACAAAGGAGAAUCCUUGGAUUAUACCUCCCAAUGCUCCGGCAUGCAUGGAGAAACAUUUGUGCGCCGCGCAGUACCGAACAGAUGGCACCUUGUUGCUCGGUGCUUCCAGCCUCACUGGCAGGAGUUGGCAGGGCUCUGUGUGGAUCUACAGCAACCCUGAGCAGGCCCCCAAUGAGGGCUUCUGCAAAGCUGGCGUGCAGACGGAGACCGGCAUAACGGAUGUCAAGUGGGUGUCAGAAAAGGGUGUUGUUGUGGCAUCAGAUUCAGGCGCCUUGGAGCUGUGGGAGCUGACUGAGGAGGAGCGCCUCCUAGUCAAUCGCUUCACCAAGCACGAGCAUGAUCAUAUCGUCACCACCGUGAGCCCCGUAGCCGCAGCGAACAGUGCCGUGACUGGGAGCAUGGACUGCAGAAUUAAAGUGUGGGAUCUGAGCCAGGAGACAGUUGUCACUUCAUACAGCGUGCACACAAAGCCGGUCACUUGUGUUGCCUGCAGUCCUACAGACGGUUCUCUUUUCAUCUCCUGUGGUCAGGAUGGCCGUGUGCUCAUGUGGGACACAAGGAAACCAAAUAAACCAGCCACAAGAAUAGAUUUAGAGGCUUCGCCCUGCUUGCCCACCACUGUCUCCUGGCACCCUCACCACAGAAGCACCAUUGCUUUUGGUGACGAGCUUGGGAGAGUGACCAUUAAAGAUUUCCUAGCGACCGAGCCGGCUCGCAUGGCAAGCGUCCACAACCGCAGAGUUAACGGGCUAGCCUUUUCUCCACACAGUCCCUCUUUGCUGGCCUCCAUUAGCGACGAUUGCUCCCUUGCCGUUUUAAACUCUGAACUACAGGAAGUCUUUAGAGAUCGACGCCACCAGGACUUUGUCAAGGGUGUGUGCUGGGUUCAGGGAGGCACGAAUAACCUCACCACUGUGGGCUGGGAUCACUUUGUGCUUCACCACAAGGUUGAGCCAACAGGGGGUAUCCUCAGCUCACCUUAGACCUAAUCACCGUUUUAACACCUCAUGGGUAUACUGUCUAUGUGUACAGUAGAACUUUAGAUGGAAUCGUUUCACGUCUGUUGUUUGCAUAUCAUCUGUUAUGUUUGGAAAAUAAAGGUUGUCAAAUCAAA